GACUCGGAGGCGCAGCUCGCGGGCCGCAUCAGUGGCUCGGAGGAGUGCGCGCGCGCGGCACCUCUCGUUCAGAGGCUCUCCUCGUCCUCCGCGCCCUCUUCCGCCACCGCGCCCGCCUCCGCCUCGAGCGCCGAGCUUGACCCUCGUAUAAAGCGAAGCCCCGGCGCGAACUCGCACGCAGUCACGACCCAACCACGAUCUCAUACAUUCACCCAGCUUUCACGCGACACUAUCAGUAGUGAUACCAAGUAGUGAUAAUGGAAGGACAGGAUUGGGGAUACUCAGUUGAAAAUGGACCAGCGACGUGGGUAGAGAAGUUUCCUGAAGCCAGAGGCGCUCGACAAAGUCCAGUCGAUAUUGACACAUCCCGUGCUUGCAGUAGCGGCAGAGCACCUCCCCUCGCGUGGCGGUACUCCGUCAACCAUCCGCGAUCCGUUGUCAACCCUGGAUACUGCUGGAGAGUCGACGAGAACGGCUAUGACUCAGAGCUCCGAGGUGGUCCACUCGGUUCGGAUGUAUACAAACUUGAACAGUGGCACUGCCACUGGGGCGCCGUGAACGGCGAGGGUUCGGAGCACACGGUCGACGGACGAGCGUUUUCGGGCGAAUUGCAUCUCGUGCAUUGGAACACCUCCAAGUACCACAGCUUUACAGAAGCCGCCGGCCAGACUGAUGGACUAGCUGUUCUAGGAGUAUUACUAAUGGUUGGCUCUAGACACGCAGAACUAGAUAAGGUAGUAAAGUUACUGCCAUAUAUCCAGCACAGAGGGGACAAGGUGACCUUCUCAGAGCCCCUGAACCCCGCUAACCUGUUACCGAAGCAUAAAGCCUACUGGACCUAUCCAGGAUCGCUCACCACACCGCCCUGCACAGAAUCUGUUACUUGGAUACUCUUUAAGGAACCCAUCGAAGUCUCUGCAGAACAGCUGGCCCUAAUGCGAAAGCUGAGAUGCGGCGAAGCGUCCUGUGGCGUGGAGGCCAUGGAGGUGCUGCACAACUACCGGCCCACGCUGCCGCUGGGCAACCGCGAGCUGCGCGAAAUUGGCGGCAACUAACACCCUCGUAACUGUCGUAGGGAUGUGAAAUUGUGACGAAUUGCUAAAAUAGUAAAAAAAACUCUUGUUGGAACUAUUAGACGAUCAGUUUUGCUGUCAAUUUUGGAGAUCCCUGGCUGCAAGACUAAAGGAUAAUCGAAAGUCUAAUGGGAUAAGGUAUCACUGAUAUUUAACUGACAAACAUUUGGAUAAUCCUCAUUCCUCUGCUCCAUCAGGCAUCACUCAUGAUUGAUUGAGUGAGUGAUGCAGAACCUGCCGUCUAUAAUGGGGGCUAUUAUGUGCCUUCGCAAACGUGUCCUUUAAAGCGCAUUUUUAAUAUUUUAUUUAUUUUAGCAUCAAACAGCCAUAAUUGAGGACUACAUUUAAGUAAAUGCAAUAACAGUGUAUCAAUAUUACAGACAAAAAGUGCCGAAAAAUGCAUAUUUUUGAUUUCACUAGUUGAUGCUACUAUGCGACGAAUGAAACCAUAAUACAAAUAAAAAAGCAAACUAGAAUGUCGCUUACGCGGUUCUCCAUGAAUUUUUGCCUUUACGUACCUACCUAGUCUCAGAUAUUAUGCCGGCUUCCUCACGAUAUUUUCCUUCGCCGUUAGUUAUUAGAGCAAGUGAUAUUCUACUUAAUUGCUAAUAACGCACAUAGCUCCGAAGAACGUACGUGCCCGGGAUCGAACCCCAGACGUCCAAAUAGGAGGACUCCAGCUAGCCUAUUACCGCUUUUUCCGCAAUUUGAUGUUUGCAUUUGGUUAAUAAUAGCAUCGUUGAUGGUAGGCCGACAGGGAUUUUUAGCAAACUUAAGACUCCAUGGCCCUAGUAUCUCCACGGCAAAUGCUUUCUCCUUGAUAUUUAUAUCACAUGGAGCAAUAUAUAAACGCGCGUUGCUUCUCACAUUAGGGCCGUCCCCGUCCCCAGGGAACCAGCAUCAAUUCAUCAGAUCUCUUACCAUCAUCUUGACUAAGUAAUUCCUGCCGUAGGUACCUAUCUAUACUUAUUAUGGUGGUAAGAGCCCUUUUCAUAGCUCUCAUUAUGGAGCCAUGCCAAAUAGCCUACCAGUGCUCUUUUGGCAUGAGUUUGUAUACUCAUAAUAGUAAUAUGAUAUUCUCAUACCUACCUCUCAAGUUGUAAGAAAGCUUGAUAUAUGGCUACAGUAAAACUUGAUAGGUAGAUAUGUAUCUACCCAGUGCUGUAUUAUAUUAAGUAGGUACCUAUAACAUAGCGCAUGAUAUUUCAAGAGAAUUUACAGUCUGCAUAUUACUUAAUAUAGGUAUAGCGCAUAACUGAGUAGGCUCCUGCGGUUGAGGAGCGGUGCAGGAGGGUGUCGAUACAAGUUGAUGAAUCACUGAGCUCUCGCGCACGUCAUCAUACCCCUCCGCACCGCUCCGCUCCACUACUGCAGGAAUCUUUUCAGUUAUGCAUCAUGCCUGUAAUAUCUAAACAGAAGGACUGCAUUUGAAUUUUAGCUUAAGCCUUAGAAAAACAAGGGGCCUGGGCCAUCGUGACACGUCUUUCUUUAUGUACCUACCUACUCCUCGAAAGUUCCAAAGGAAUGACUCGUUGGCAACGAUCAUUCUGUCCGUUCCGUGUGUAAUUAACAGACUCGACCAUUGGCCGGCCAAUUUCUCCUUUGUUGUACUCGGUUAACAACCGUGCGCAGGCAAUUCACAGUUCAAAAGCAGUGCAUCUGGGUAGACUCAAGACUGCAAUGUAGGUAUACACUUUAGUCAAUCACAAUAGUGCCUAGAAUAGAUGUUAGCAGCUAUUUAUAGUCAGCAUAAACUGUUAUUUUAUUAGCUGUAAAGUAUUAUAGUAUGUUUUGUUUUCCAACCUAUACCUAAGUAUACGAUCUAUGUAUAAUCCAAAAUAACAUUGUUUUACUCACGUGCUUAUUUUAUGAAUA